AAUGACGAAAGCGAGGGGCGGGCCGCGUUUUCGGGCUGAGGAACCGUAGCUGGUCUAGGAGACGCCUUGGCCGGCAGUUACCCCAGCUUUAGAAGCCUCCGGACCGGCCGCCUCCAUCACCAGCGUCACCAUGGGGGCUGUGCUGGGCGUCUUCUCCCUCGCCAGCUGGGUUCCAUGCCUCUGCAGUGGUGCGUCAUGUUUGCUGUGUAGUUGCUGUCCCAACACUAAGAAUUCCACUGUGACCCGCUUGAUCUAUGCCUUCAUUCUCAUCCUGGGCACGGUUCUGUCCUGGAUCAUGCUGAGAGAGGAUGUGGGAACUCAACUGAAGAAGAUUCCUGGAUUCUGUGAAGGGGGAUUUAAAAUCAAGGUGACUGAUGGGAAGGAAGAUAAAGGUUGUGAUAUGCUGGUUGGUUAUAAAGCUAUAUAUCGGAUCAACUUUGCCUUGGCCAUCUUUUUCUUUGUCUUCUCUCUGCUCAUGGUAAAAGUGAAAACAAGUAGAGAUCCCAGAGCAGCAGUACACAAUGGGUUUUGGUUCUUCAAAAUUGCUGCCAUUGUUGGAAUCAUGGUUGGCUCAUUCUACAUUCCUGAGGGUCAUUUCACCACAGCCUGGUUUGUUAUUGGCAUUGGAGGGGCCUUCUUCUUCAUCCUCAUCCAGCUGGUGCUGUUGGUAGACUCUGCUCACUCUUUGAAUGAAUUGUGGGUAAAUAGAAAGGAAGAAGGAAACCCAAAGUGCUGGUAUGCCGUUUUACUGUCUGUCACAAGUUUAUUUUAUACCCUGUCAGUCAUCUCUGUUGCGCUGUUCUACACAUACUACACCAAACCGGAUGGCUGCACAGAAAACAAGUUCUUUAUCAGUAUUAAUCUGAUCCUUUGCAUUGUGGUUUCUAUUAUAUCAAUCCAUCCGAAAAUUCAGGAACACCAGCCUCGUUCUGGCCUCCUGCAAUCCUCUGUCAUCACCCUCUACACCAUGUAUCUCACGUGGUCAGCCAUGACCAAUGAACCUGGUGGCUCCUGCAACCCCCGCCUGCUGAGCAUCGUUACACACGGAGCUGCACCAGCCUUGGCUCCUGGAAAUUCAACUGCUCUGGCCCCUACCUCUACUCCACCAUCAGAGAGCGGGCCAUCUCUGGAUGCAGAGAAUGUUAUUGGGCUGCUAGUCUUUGUUCUCUGCCUUUUGUAUUCUAGCUUCCGUACUUCCAGCAAUAGCCAAGUACGCAAGCUGACCCUGUCAGGGAGUGACAGUGUGAUCCUCAGUGAUGCAGCUACCAGUGGUGCCGGUGAUGAAGAAGAUGGACUGCCUCGGCGGGCUGUGGACAACGAGAAAGAGGGAGUGCAGUACAACUACUCCUUCUUCCAUUUCAUGCUCUGCUUGGCUUCCUUGUAUGUCAUGAUGACCCUGACCAAAUGGAACAGCCCCGAUGCAGAGUUCCAGAGCGGGACCCACAAGUGGCCAGCUGUGUGGGUCAAAAUCAGCUCCAGCUGGGUCUGCCUUUUCCUUUAUGUCUGGACCCUCAUAGCUCCUCUAAUCCUCACCAGUCGGGACUUCAACUGAAGCUCUGAGUGAAGACCACCCAGGAGACCACUGAAACUCAUAAAGGUCUCCUUUGCGGAACACCCAUAUCCCUCUUCUUUUUGCUUCAGCUAAACUAUUAAGUGAACACUUUGCAGAUUUGUCUAUAUCCAGGAUUAUAACAGAUGGCAAGACUGAAUAAUUCUUUAUGCAGGAUCUAAACUUUCAUUUAUAUUAUAUUAUGUUUAUUCAUAAGGAUAUAGUGCAAAAGGAACAGUUUUGUAUUUUAAAGUGAACUACAGCUGUGCUGUGAAGAGAGUUCUUUACAAAGAACUGUAGGUUCCACAAGUUUGAUUUAAGACGUAAGAUAGAAAAUGUUGGAUAUUUGAGGCCAUCAAUAUAUUUCUAUUGCAAUAUCCUUAAAAAAAAAAAAAAUGCAUUUAUGUGAAAGCCCUAACUCGUGGGAUAAAGCACUGUGUUAUUGCUUAAACUCUCAAGAGGUAUAAGCAUCAUAGUGCUUGGGGAAAGGAAUAUGUGUGUAGGCCCUUCCCUAGAAGAUUGGUUGCUGUUAAGGCUACUGCUUUGAUGUUUUGAGUUUUUUCAUUUACUUUUUUUUUCCCCCCACACUAACAGCAUUGAUGCUGUUGCUUGAUUCUAGUCUGUGGCUUUGCCAGAUAUGUUAAUUUCAGUACAUGCUUUGUAGGUUUUGUUAAAUGAAGAUUUACCUGGGAAAAUACUGCCACUUUAGUCUCUGUCGUUCUCAUGUUAUGAAUAUCUAAAAUUAAAAUGCAUGUGAAUUUAUUCCAUUUGCACUAUAAAGGUAUUUGAUUAAAAUAGACUUUACCUUUUAAGGCCCUUUCUUUAACAGCUUUUAUGAGUUAGCAGCCAUUCUAUAUUUUGGGGACUUAUAUGGGCAGUCAGGUUUAUUAAGCACCUAGCAGGAUGGUCCUGUUUAUGAGUCUCUAUUCUGCACCAAGCAAUGUUUAGUUCUGGGGAUACAACUUUAAACAUGUUAUCUUGUUUUAGGAACUGUAGAGGGCUCAAAGGAGGGAUGCCGGGGGUGGUAGAGUGGCUUGUAGGCUUCCUGGAGGAAGUGAUGUCUAAUUCAAGAACUGAUAGGAAUUAACUAGUUGAGAAAUGGGAAAGUAGGAAACCAUUGCUGAAGGGCAGUUGAAACUGCAUUUUAAAAGCAGGGAGAUGAAAAAAAAAAAAAAAUUGUUCAGUAAAGCCAGAAUGGAGAGGUGGGCAGGAACUAGGUUAUAAAGAGCUUUGUAAACCACACUAAAGUGUUUGAACCUUAUGUUGAGUAUGACAGGGAACAUAUUCAGUGAUGUAAACAAAUCUUAUCUUCAAUUACUGUGGCUAAUAUAUUGAGGAUAGAUUUAAAAGAGAUGAAACUGGGGAGUUUAUAUUAGUGUGAAAUAGAGAAGUGAAAGUGGUGAUGGGGAGAAAUUGACAGCUGAGAGCUACUUAAUAAUUAGAAUGUUUAAGUUGUUAGUUGAUUAUAUAUGGGGGGGUGUAGAUUCUGGAGUGAUUCUGGUUUAAUCACCUGGGCAAAUGGUGGUUCCGUUUAUUUAGGCAAGAAACAGAAGAAGAGGAGCAGGUUGGGUUAGAAGGAUGGAGGUGGUCAGUUAAGAAUGGUCACAAGCAGAGGCUAGGGAGUCAGACCAUUUGCAUCCCAGCUUUGCCAUUUUCUAGCUGUCAAACUGGACAGCUAAUAUUUGAGUACACACUAUGCUUUGUGACCGUAGGCAAAUGACUGCACCUCUCUGAGCCUCAAUGUUUUCUUCAUUUGUAUAAGACAUUACCUAGUACGUAAGAAUUUUAGAGAAGAAAAGUUAUUUUGCAAGGUGCUUAACCCUAAACACUCUGACAGCAGCUACUAAUCCAUAUGGUCUAAAAUGAGACUGGACAGUAUUCGAAGUCAAAGAUUUGAGGUGUUACUUAGAGAAUUAAGCAGAUGGAACAUAGAGGGGGCAGUCUCAGCUCAGGUGGUGAUGGGGGCAUGUAGGGAAGCAGGGCUUUGUAUGAAUAGUCAGAACCACUGUCUUUCAAUACAGUGGUUUAUGUCAGGGUUCAGAGGUAAAGUUGCAAGGGAUUUGGGGAGAAGGGGGCAUGAGACGAGAGAUUUAGCCACCUAUUUUACCAGUGUAAAGCAGAUGCCCCGUAUUUGUUCACAGCAGGGCCAGUCAGAUGAUCUUUAAAGGUCCUUAACUUCAAAAAGAUUAUGGUACCCCACCUCCAACUUAUGUAAUUCAAAACAAAAGCAAUACAAAACUAACGUGUAACAAAGACCAAUAAAGUUCUGAUUUUUUCUCAUGUU